AUGGAGAGCUCAGCACCUAAGAGGCGCAAAACAUCCUCCAACUCCAGCGUGUCUGUGAACUCACAAGGCUCAGCCUCUUCCGAUGGCGCGACCAGGCGAUCAACAAGGCGUCGACGGCCAUCAUUCGCAUCUCCUACCAAAGCGAGCCUUGCACGCGCAAACCCCGAUAUCCUCGAACGACGAAGUACUAUCAGGUCACAGAGGCAACUGGGCGCCCCAGAAGCCUCAAGCGCUGGUAGCCCAGAGAGCGUUUCUGAACAGCUGAGGUCUCAGUUGGGGGGCGCAUCUGAGACCCAUCUCAGUUCCGAGCGUGGAGAUACAAACGAUGGUGCGGGGCGGCCAGUAACCACAUCGGCUGAAUUUCCGCAAAGUCCCAUCAGGCGCUUAGGAGGUGGGAUGGGAGCAAGACCGCGAAGAACACCUACCAAACCAUCUCCAAGGCCACUGCCGCCACCUUCAGCGCAAGAGGAGGAACUGAUAGACCCGUUUAAGGGACGAAAACUACGGCGCUCUCCGCCUCCUGGAGUAUUGCCUGCAACCGAGCCGGAAGAGCCUGGCUUGCCGCCUACACCGACCGAAAAGGGGAUUUCGGACCCUGCUGCUAUCAGCACGUUACCAAUGGGGAUUCAUAACACGCCUACGAAGCGCCCUAGGCGGAGCAAAGCGCUGGCAGAGAAAAUUAAGAGUUCUCCCCUGAAGCAACCGCCUUUGCAGCCUUCAGAAUUUAGCAAAGCGCCGAGAAAGAGCGGAAUAUCGUCGCAAUUAUUCCGGCGGCCAUCCAGAACAACGUUGAACAAUACCGACAAGCCUAUCGAAAAUGCUCAAACGGAAGAAAAGAAAGGGACUCGGAAAGCUCACCCCGCUCGAGGCGUGAAGGACUUUGAUUCCUUGGCAGAUAAGAAAGCGUUGAAGGAGUAUCUGCUUGCAGAAGUCGCACAGCUAGAAGCAGAUCUGCGUGUUGCCCGGAAAGAGAACGACAGGAUAUACCAGCUGCAUCUGCCUCAUACAGAUCAUUCCGUUUUUCAACAGCCUGACGAUGGGGAUGCUCUACUCGAAGUUCUCCGCCACACGUUGGCACCUGAAAAGGAACCACCUCCAGAACCGUUGCAAAACUGGCUGGAUGCGGCCAUUAAUCCCAUGUCUUUCAUUCCAUUCGGUAACCCGGCCUUGCCCAUACCCACUCCGUUUGACGCAUUGGAACAGCAGCAAGACGAGCGGCCGCCGCCAAUAUCCCACCAUCCCAUCCCCAUGGGCGCCUCAGAAGAAUUGCCUUAUCUUCAGCUCUUCACUCCACUAACUUUUACCUCCUCCGUGUCCCUACUUCCCCGCGACUCUGAUGACGGAGACGCCGGUCCCCUCAUGCAAAAACAUUACAUUUCUGUUUCGUCCACACCACGCGGUCUCUUCGCAGCCAAGAUCGAGAUGACUGUUAAUACCAAAUAUCUCUCCAUCGCCGAGCUUUCCGUGCCUCGUCUGGAUCCCACUGCCGUCCCCGAACUGAGCCCUUUCAUCGAGAAAAUUGUGCAAGGCGGGAGCAACAGCGCCCAGAAACGCAACGUCAGUGUCAUCGCCUGGGCCAUGGCCGAGUGGACGCGACUUGCGACGAAACGGGCAAGAUUUUGGGUCCAGAUUGAGCGUGAACUCGGCAGCAGAGAAGAGAUCUUAAAAUGCGUGAAGAAAUUGCGAAAGAGUCGGAAACGGAAAGGUGUUGGGAGAUCGUCUGUAGAGGAUGAUGACGGACGGGAAACAGAAGAAGGCACAGGGGCGAAGAAGGGCGUAACAAAAGCGGACUUGCUUCCUCUUCUGGGACGAUCGAGUUACAAUCUGGACUUGGGUGACGUGGGUGGUGAACAGGGACUCGGUGUGAGGGUGUCAUGGCCCAUCGAGUUUGACUGGACCGGCGAAGGACAGAGCAUGCUUGCACUUCUGGUCGAGAUGCCGGGGAAAUGGCACGCUCAAGACGAUAGGGGAAGCUUGGUUGCCAUGCCGGCUAUGUUCGACAAACUGGUCCAGGGAGGUGUAGAGCCGAUGGAUGCCAUGAAGACUAUUGUUGCGCUUCUCGUUGGAGAGCGCAGUGACUGA